UUCCUAAUGGAAACGGAAACUGUGACGCACGGGACAUUAACUCGUAGUUAAUUCUCACAUAUCGAGGGACAACUGAAUUUCCGCACUAAGAAUCAGUUCUUUCGACAAAAAUAUGUAUGCCUUUGUUGAUUAAUGUGACAGUGCCGCAGUAGUUCUCGUGAAUGAGACCGAUUGAGAGUUAUUUCGUUUUAGCCUAGCCUAGCUUAGCCUACCCUUGAUGCAUCAGUAUUAAAGGGAUGCUCACAACACGGAAGCUGUCUGGAGUUGUUACAGAAUGUUGCGUAUGUGACCACAUAUCAUCUCCUGCUCCUUUGUGUUUGUGCUAAACUGCUGCUGUUUGAAUAGGUUUUAUACAAAACUGGAGCAGCGUUCAUAACAUGUUGAACAUCCCGAGCCAGUCGUUCCCUGCGCCCAGCUCCCAACAGAGGGUCUCCCCGUCCGCACAGUCCGGGAGGAACAAGGUGUCCCUGAAGCCGGGCCACAGUCUGAUGGACUGGAUCCGGUUUGCCAAAAGUGGAAAAGACUUGACAGGGCUGAGAGGGCGCCUUAUUGAAGUGACCCAGGAUGAGCUGCAGAAGCAUAACAAAAGGGAUGACUGCUGGACCUGCAUCCGAGGCAUGGUUUACAAUGUGACACCUUACAUGGACUACCAUCCUGGUGGAGAAGAGGAGCUGAUGAAGGCAGCAGGAAUAGACGGGACUGACCUUUUUGACCAGGUCCAUCGAUGGGUCAAUCAUGAGUCCAUGUUAAAAGAGUGCCUGGUUGGACGAAUGACUACCAAGACCGCAACAGCUAGUAAAGCCAUCACCCUUCCUUCAUCAUCAACAGGUCUUACUCCACCUGCUGCAGGGCCUCCUCUACCAAACAAAGACUCUCAGCCUCGGUACGACUGGUUUCAAACUGAUGCAACUGUUCAUCUGGCUGUUUAUGCCAAAAGAAAGAUCCCCAGCUCAGGAUGUGUGACCGUUGACCUCAAAGCGGGAAUUCUUCGGUUGGAAGUUCUCCUUGGGAAACUGUCCUACAUGAUACACUUAGAUCUUGCUCGUAAAGUUGAGGAAAACGUUUCUGUUCAUACUGCUUUCUCUGUGGGAAAGAUCCAGGUCACCAUAAACAAACAAACUAGAGGAAAAUGGACAAGUCUUGGUCAACCGCUGGAAUUUCAUAACACAUUUCUAUGCAAAAAAAAAAGAGGACCCUUCUAUCGGGACUGUAGACUGGUGUCUAAAAUGGAGGUGACUCAUAAUACACAUGUUUUCAGACUACAGCUUCCUGGAGGGACAGUCAUGCAUAUGGCUGCUGGAAAACACGUCUACCUCAAAGCUAUCAUUGAAGGUACUGAGAUAGUGAGGCCAUACACUCCAGUGGACCAGAAUCUGGUUUCAGCUUCCUCACCUUCCGCACAUGAGUCAGACCUCUACCUCAUGAUUAAAGUCUAUCCCGAUGGAGUUUUCACCCCAUAUCUGAACAGCCUGCAGAUGGGUAAAAAUAUCUCCGUCAGUGGUCCAGAGGGUACCUUCAGCCUCCGCCCACUUCGUGAUGUCACACACCUCUAUCUGUUAGCAGGAGGCACAGGAUUCACGCCAAUGGUUCGCCUCAUCAACCUGGCUCUACGAGAAGUUGACACAAUCAGAACAACAAAGCUGCUGUUUUUCAACAAACAGGAGAAAGACAUACUAUGGCGCUGCCAACUGGAUGAUCUGGCAGCUUUUAAUGAACGGUUUCAGGUGGAGUACAUUCUGUCUGAGCCCUCUGCCAGCUGGACCGGCAGGAAGGGUAGGGUGGAUGAGAUCCUGCUGAAUGAUCUUCUUGUCAGGCCAGAAGGGUCAAAAUGCUACGUUUGUGUGUGUGGGCCAUCUGCCUUCACAGAGCAAACACUAGGAUUGUUAAAGCAGCUUUGCUUCAGUGAGGAGGAAUGCCACGCCUUCAAGGGCUGAUGAGCCUGAAGAGACGGAGGACAAAAAGCCUACUUUUAUUUAAAGCUGUGUUUGUGAAACAAUAAAAAGAAAGCAUAUAUUUCUAUGCACCAAAGACACAUGUCUGCAGCCACCACUCUAUGCCUGGCCAGGAGAACCUGGACACUUCUCAGGGACGAACUGAAGGUUCCUGCAACAUAUGAAGAAAAAACAAUUCCUCCACACCUGCUGAUUUUUCACCAGAUCUUCAAGUUACUUUUUGUGUGUUUACUGUUAGAUUAUGGUUAGAUAUUUUUUUAUGUCAAGUUUAUUUUGAGAAAUACUAUUUUUAAUAAAAGUGAGUAUGCACCAG